AACAGCCUUACAAAGUGGAAAAAAUAAGGGAAUUUUGCAUAUUUUGCGGAAUUCAACGUAUGCGCUGGACACUCCUUGCACUACUUCGCGUCUCCCGAAGUAACACGCAAUCAACGCUUUUCAUUUGGUGUAUAAAUGGGUUAAAAGUGAGUUCUUUCAAUUCGAAAGUGUUCAAUGACAGUAAAAUUUUAAAACACCGACGUUUUAGAGGAAUUUAUUAAGCCUUAUAACUGCGAGAGCCGAGAAGUUUGCCCGGCAGAUUCAAGGUGAUAUUUUUACCAGUGCAGGAUCUAUUUGUGGAAAAUUACUGUUGAAAAAUGUUACGAAAAACAGCCACAAAAUGACAAGUACAUUGAAAACUGGUUCACAUAACAGGUCAAAAUUAACCACAUUAACAGAGGACCAUAAACGAUGGUGCGUCUUUGGAAUUGCUCUCAACCAUGUCGUCGUGCCUGCAAUACGUCCUGUUCUAGAGCAGGAAAUUCUCAACGAGUACAACGACCUUAAAUUAAAAAACAAUAUUCACGUUCAGACCACACACAGCUUUCCUUCGCCGAAAUAUCCAACUUGUAAUGCCAUGAAAUACGAGAAUAUCAACGGGAAUGAUACCAAGUUAAAAGCCCCGCACUAUAAAAAGUUUGAUUACUCCAAGUUUGACUACAAAGUUACUUCCCAUGUUGACUUUGCCAUGAUUUUUCUCCUGAAUUACAUGGCUAAGCUCAACGCGUUCGAUGAAACUUGUGAUGCAUCCGCUGUUCUUACUCUACUUGGAAGAAUUCCAGUGUUUUCUGCUGCUCUCCAAAAUGCGGCAAAUGUUGUUAGAGAAUGUAGAAACGCUUGGGGUCAUUGCAAUUUUACUAAGUGGAAUGAAUCAAAGUUCAAGAAGAGUUUUGACGACAUGGAAAAACUGCUGAGAGAAGUUGGUUUAUCUCCUGCAGAUGAAUCGAAAGUUUUAGCGGAUCUUAAUGACUGGAAAGACAAAGGUGUUGCAUUGUGUAUGAAUGCUUCAAUUGAUUCGGAGCUAGUUAAAGUAAUGCAAGAACAUGUUAUUAAAUUGUCAAGUGACGUGAACAAGAUGGCGUUUGAGAGUCAAGAAGAAUUGUGUAACUUGAAAGAAAUUUUGGAAAAUACUCACGAAAAUUUACAAAAUUGCGAGAAACGAGUUAAAAAUAUGGAGCUUACCCAGGAUACUAUGCAACAUGAACUAAGUUCCACAAAUGACGAAGUAGAACAACUGAAAACCAAUCAAGAAGUUAUCCAAAAAGAGCAUAGCUCUAUUUCAGCCAGAGUUGAUUUACAUCAGGCCGGACAUGAAGCCAUUCAACAACGCGUCACAAAAAUAGAGGGCCGACAGAAUAUUUCUUACGGUUUCUCCGAUUGUACUUCUGACAUUGAAUAUUUUGCUGGACGUUACGAUCCAGACACAAGACUUUGGCUACUGCAAGAUUUCAACAAGUGGUUCAGUGAUUCUGGUAACUCCAGAGCCUAUGUGCUGCUGGGUGAUGCCGCAGUUGGCAAAAGUGUCAUGGCUGCUGUCGUUGCUCAGAGGGCAAAGAAGGAUGGAAACAUGGCAGCUGCGUACUUUUGUCGUCACUACGAUGGCACACGUCGUGAUCCCAGUUCAUCUGAGAAGAAAAUGGGAUACAUAAUGAAUGUCAAUUACAUGGCUAAGCUCAGCGCGUUCGACGAAACUUGUGAUGCAUCCGCUGUUCUUAUUCUACUUGGAAAAGUUCCAGUGUUUUCUAUUUCUCUUAAAAAUGCGGCAAUUGCUGUUAGAGAAAGUAGAAACGCUUGGGGUCAUUGCGAUGUUACUAAGUGGGAUGAAUCCAACUUCAAGAAGGGUUUUGACGACAUGGAAAAGCUGCUAAGAGAAUUUGGUUUUUCUCCUGCAGAUGAAUUGAAAGUUUUAGCGGAUCUUAAUGACUGGAAAGACAAAGGUGUUGCAUUGUGUAUGAAUGCCUCAAUUGAUUCGGAGCUAGUUAAAGUAAUGCAAGAACAUGUUACUAAAUUGUCAAGUGACGUGAACAAGAUGGCGUUUGAGAGUCAAGAAGAACUGUGCAACUUGAAAGAAAUUUUAGAAAAUACUCACGAAAAUUUACAAAAUUGCGAGAAACGAGUGAAAAAUAUGGAGCUUACCCAGGAUACUAUGAAACAAGAACUAAGCUAUACUGCUGCCAAUGUAAGCCAAUUGAAAACCGAACAAGAAGUUCUUCAACAAGAACUGAGUUCUACAAUUGACAAAGUAGAUCAACUGACAAUUGAUCAAGAAGUUCUUCAAGAAGAACAGAGUUUUAUUUCUGCCAGAGUUGAAAUGCAUCAGGUCAGACAUGAAGCCAUUCAACAACGUGUCACAAAACUCGAGGGCCGACAAAAUAUUUCUUACGUUUUCUCCGAUUGUACUUCUGACAUUGAAUAUUUUGCUGGACGAUACGAUCCAGACACAAGACAUUGGUUCCUGGAAGAUUUCAACAAGUGGUUCAGUGAUUCUGGUAACUCCAGAGCCUAUGUGCUGCUGGGUGAUGCCGCAGUUGGCAAAAGUGUCAUGGCUGCUGUCGUUGCUCAGAGAGCAAAGAAGGAUGGAAACAUGGCAGCUGCGUACUUUUGUCGUCACUACGAUGGCACACGUCGUGAUCCCAGGUAUCUGCUUGGUAGUAUCGCUUAUCAACUGUGUAAUUGUAAUAGUCAAUAUGAUAGAGUUGUAGGAGGGGAAUUCGGGGUACAAAAUAUGUUGACUAAUGAUAAGCUAGGAGUUCACGAGCUGUUUACAAAAUUGCUAGAAGAGCCAUUAAGUAAAUGCGGUCGUAUUGCAAAAAAAAUUGUCGUGAUUGAUGCACUAGACGAGGCAGAAUAUUGGUCCAGAGAAGAUUUUCUUGAUCUCAUAAUGAACCGUUUUCCCAUGCUUCCUAAAUGGCUCGUUUUCUUCAUUACUAGUCGUCCGGAAGACUCCGUGCAGUUUAGACUGAAAACGUACAACCCAUGUAUUAGGAUUUGUGCAGGAAAUAGCGACAGCGCAGGCUUUUAUCAGCAGCAUAAACAGGAUAUUCAGCGUUUUUUUGAGAAAAAUGUGAAGUUCACGGGCCUGUCGUACUCUGCUGAAGAGCUAACGGAAAAAUGCAAUGGAAUGUUUUUGUACGCUUUUUACCUUGUGGAAAUUCUUAAAAACACGACACAAUUAAGUAGCAAUCUUUUCCCUGGAAAUAUCAACGAUUUCUUUUACAAAAAUUUUAAACGUGUUCACAAAAAAGUAGGUGAAAACGUUUAUAGGAAAUUGUUUGGUUGUGCUUUUGUAGCGCCUUCUCCCCUUCCCGUUUCAUUCAUUUCGUUUCUUUUAGAAAGAGAAAACUCCGCUCUUGAUAAGCAGGAAGUAAUUGAUGCUGUCUCACAUUUUGUUGCAUUGCGAACUUCAGAUAAAACUUUUGCAUUUCUCCACAGUUUGAUCCCGGCCUGGUUAGUUAAUGAGCAAAAGGCCUCUCGAAUGCUGUUUAUUGACCGACGUAAGGGAAGCAAAUUAUUCAAAAAUAUUGUUAUCGAAUUCUUAAGUGAUUUUACGCAGGAAAGAUGGGACAAUUUGUCCUAUUACGAGCCGGAUUUAGUUAAUUAUAUUUCGUGUUUUGGCUUUCGCUUCUUAAUCAGUGAAGAAUCUAGGAGUUCUGAGAUCGUAUUCAAUGCUUUGACAAACUAUCGGUUUCUUGAACAGCGAAUACGAAGCAAUAGAAUCGGAAUUUACUCUCUUAUUGAAGACUUAGAGAUAUCUUUAGGCAGGCUAACGUUUGGUCAAAGGGAAAAGAAGAAUCUUGAGGAUAUCUGCUUCGUUCUGAAACGAGACAAAUAUAAUGUUACCGGUUGCCCUGAACUUCUUUAUUCCUGUCUUCGCAAUGACCCUGAACUAACCCGUGCAGAUUUUAAAACUGGGCCAGGCAGCUGUUGGAUGGAAUCAGGGAUUAGAAUUUCUUCCAAUGCAAAAACUGUUCUCAAUAGCAUGGAUUGUUUUGCUUUUUCCCAUGAUAAGACACUGUUUGCUGGAGGAAAACAGCGAUGUCUUUAUUUGUACAAUGCACGUUCUUUUGAUUCGACUUUAGGACCUUUUGAAGUGAUGAAUGAAUCUAUAUCGCAUUUGACAUUUUUUCCUGAUGAUAAAUUUGUGUUUUUUGGAAGACUUGACCGAUGGUUUUCAGUGCAGGAGAAACGUGUCGUUGAAAUGUCACAAUUUUCAGGUAAUUCUAGACAUUAUCGCUGGGGUUCGUUUGUUCAUGACGGUAAAUACAUUGCGCUAACGAGCUUGACUAGCCUCUAUAAAAGACGCUGGUGUUACUUGUACAUGUUCUUGAGGUGGGCCGAACACGAGCGUGAUUUCGUAGUUGCCAUGUCACAAACACAGGACAAUUACUUCAAUGUAAUCAAACGUGAGCUUUUUCGUGAACACGAACGACAUUGCACAGGCUUAUGCGCUGUAUUUGAAAAGAUUAAAACUUCUGUUCGUGAUCAAAUUGUAGUUCUUUAUGCCGACUUAUUUCAGUAUCAAAUUUGGAAUGUGCAAACUGGGAGACCUGUGGUAGAAGAGAUGUUUUCGUUGCAGUUAGAGCCAUUCUUUUAUAUUUGGCAUUUCAAUUCCAGGCUAGAAUACUUUGAAGACAUGAUUGAGUAUGCCACACCAGAGAGACACUCAAAACUUACUAUCCCAAAAUACGCAGCGUUGGACAAAUUUGGUCACUGUACCGUCUCUUCUGAUAACAAAAUGCUAGCUUGUUGCAUUGCUAAUGAUAUUUUAAUAUUUCCACUCAACGGGCAAGACACAUUUUGUAAAGUACCACAAAAUCAUUCAGGUAAAAUAGAAUAUUGUGAAUUUUUGAGAGGGAAUCGUUACCUGAUAUCAUACGGUAUCGAUGGUGUUGUGUUUUUGUUUGACCUUCUUGAGUGGAAAUCAGUUGCAUAUCGAAGGCAGGAGUCUAUAGUUAGAAUAGCAAUUUCUCCUGAUGAGGAUAAACUUGCUUGCCUUUAUUCUUCUGGUGAUGUGAGUAUCAUAAGACUUUAUGGGUUGAAAACAGGAUUGCCACAAAAUUUCCAGUUGCCCUCAAUUCCCCGACAUCUGCAGAGAGAUUCUGAAGUACAAGAUCGGCAGGUAGUUAGACCACCGGAUCAAACACAUAGUGAAAACGAAAAUUUAAUGGAUGUGGAUGAACUAAUGUGGUUUAUUUAUCAAAGUGAAAGCAGCGACGAUGAUGAAUCAGACGAGACAGAUUUACUUUCAGAUGAAAGGUCAUUUUUUUCUAAUUUGGAGUAG